UUUUAUAGUUUCAUUGCUUCGAUUGCUUCUGUGUGUUUGUGUUACAGAGAUACAGAGAUUUUUUUUUCCUGGAAAAAAAAAUUUAGAGCUCGUAGCUUCCAGGAAGUAAUAUCAAUGGGUAGUGAAGAUGAAUCGAUAGAGCACAAGUCUGCUGCUCGUAAAGAGGCGCUUAGAGCUUUAAGAGCAGCUAAGGAGCUGUCGGAGAGCAAGGAAGAGGGAGAAGGAGAUGACUCUGCUGCUGUCGAAGAAGAUGGUCCAGCCAUGAAGUUUAGAAACUAUGUUCCCCAAGCUAAGGAGCUUCAGGACAGUAAAGUUGUACCACCAGAGCUACCCAAAUUCGAAGAUCCAGUUGCUGCACUUCCACCUGCUGUGGAGAAGAAAGAGGACCCAUUUGUCAACAUUGCUCCAAAGAAACCGAACUGGGACCUCCGAAGAGACGUCCAGAAGAAGCUUGACAAGCUCGAAAGGCGGACCCAAAAGGCAAUGUAUAAACUCAUGGAGGAGCAUGAGAAAGAACGUGAGACGGUGGAAGCUGAUGAAAACGCAAUAGAAAGUUAAAAGACCUGGUGACAUGAAAGAAGCUUCAGAACAUUUUAUUCAGUUUUUGUAUGACUGACUAUUAAGCUUCCGUCUUAAGAGAGUAGACCAUAGUGUACUGUCUCGUUGGUUUUGUUUUCAAGAUUCGGCCUGCCUUGGUGUGAUUGAAACUUCAGGUCAAUUCACUUUAGUCCAGUUUUAGUUUAUGGAAGCUUAUGAAAUAUGAAUGUUGGAGUUUACUCGAGAUA